AUGUCCUAUUUUGUCACAAUUGUAACAUUUUACCUUAUAUUUGUUUCGAGGUUUCUAGUUCUCAUCAGCACUUCUGUCAUUGCCUCUUCCUCUGCCUCGAUUGCAUCCUCUACCUCGUCUAUGUCCUCUGUCUCGAGAGCCUUCUCCUCUUGUUUUCUCAGUACCAUGUGAAAAGAGGACUUCUUUUCUCUACUGACGAGUCUUGAGCUUCUCUUCAUAGAUUUUUAGAGAUCACUGACAGGGCUCAUCGCUCCUUUUUUCUUACUACUGUCUCUGACUCAAUAGCUUCCGACAGACUAUCAGCCUCCAAGUGGAGUUGCAUCUGCAUUGCCCACAAUGGAUAGUUGGCCUUGGACAAUACUGGGAAUGUAUCUAGGUAUCCGGCAUCUCCAGGUCCUUCCAUAGCAUUUUCAUGGUGCGGCAUUGUGUCUUCUAUCUGAAACCGCUCUGAUACCUAAUGUUGAGAGCAAAAACUUGCUUGAGGAUCAUGUGAGAGAAGAAGAAGAAGAAUCGAGAGUAAGAUUUCAAGAACACAACAAAAAGUAUAUUUAUAGGAGAGAGGGAGAGAGUAACUUUCGCCACAGACAGUUAUGAACCCACGUUUCCACGUAACUGUUAAUCAAGCCGUUAUAACUCAGCUGAGGAGAACGAUCAGGAUUAAAAUAAGCAAGACAAUGGAAAAUACUAAAAUAAUGAAACAUUCAUUGUCGGGGUAACAGCCACAGUUUUCUCCGACUCCGGCGAUCUUCACGGACAUGUUCUUUGACUGGGGUUGAUGCCUUCAUCCUUGAACGCGUAGAAUAUACUGAAAAGAUUCAGAUCCUGUGUUCGUUUGUGCCCUCUGCGGCUCCCGUUGACUCUGAUAUCCCUCUACCCGGAACGCGCAGGGCUCUCACGCCACAGGAUGGGCCUCCGAAAAGGGCAUUGCGAUAAACUAUUCUCGCUAAGAUCAUUGUUGCUUGGGUAGAGAGAGAGAGAGAGAGAGAGAGGAAGAGAUGGUCGUAGCGGUCGCGACGGCCGGGGUUGUCGGCGGUUCUUCUUUCACGGCAUCGCGUUGCCUCCCGUGGCCGAAGCAGGCGCGGCGGCAUCUGCCCAGGCAUGACGAGCUCCUUGAUCGAUCCUUUCGUCUUGGCUUUUUUCUUUUUUUCCCCUUUUUCCGCCUGGUUCCUCUGCCUUGCUUCAUCUCUUCGCUUUCGCGUGGGAACCAGGUCCGUGGGGAGAAGCAGAGGCGGCGCGGCGGCGACCAUGAGCGCGUCUCAAGGGACGGUGUCGACUGCUUCACUAGUAGAAAGCGUUCGGGUGGUGGAAGGUAACGGCGGGCUCCCCGUCAUCAAGCUCAAUUCAGCCGGUGGAAGGUAGAGCCCCCACCAGCCCAAAACCCAAAAUUAAGGAAGAUCGAAGGAUCUGAGUAUUGGAGAUAAACGAUCGCUCUCCGAUAGGUCUUGGGUGUGGAUGCUUUCGAGUGCAAUAAUAAUUAAUCGAUAGGUCCUGGAAAUGAAUGAUUCCAGGGUUGGUCCCCGCGAUCGCAUCUCAAGAGUCGGGAGCAGCCACGAUCUUGUUCUUCCCAACCAAACGGCGAUUUAUUUUUCGGCUCUAUUCCGCCGGCGAAGGCGAAAAUCGUCGAGACUUGCUCGCUAUCUUCUAAUAUCUUGAGAACAACAGCAAUGUCGCCGACGUCGAAUUAGUUCAUCGGAUACACGAAAUCAGAUUUCAGCUCCAAAUUGGAAACCUGUAGCACUCCGACCAUUGUAUUCAAGAAUCGAACUCACUCUCAGCACAUCCCUUCAUUCGGCUGACUUUUUUAUCACGUAAACUUCUCCGUUUUUUCUUCUUUUUCUUCCUCAAGCGCAUGGAUGUACAGUUAGUACCCCCCGGAUAAUUUAUCAUCCGAAUCUAUCUUUUUAUCUGGAUUUCGACGAGCUCUAUCCACGAUUAGUAUUUAUCUUCAUCAUAUCGCUCGUGUUCACAGCGAGGCCGAGCUUUAUCUGUUCGGCGGCUGCAUCACUUCGUGGACGAUCCCCAGUGGGAAGGACCUGCUCUUUGUCCGCCCGGACGCAGUCUUCGACAAGAAGAAGCCCAUCAGGUGCUUGAUCCAAUGACCCAACCGCAGAGUUCACCUUCUUUCUUCAGACCCCCAUGAUCCCGCGGAUGGGUGUUGUCAAGUGUCCUUAUAUUUCUUUUUAGUCGGCCCAGUACUUCUUGAAGGCCGUAAUCACUCCAUCUUCUGUCGUCGGUAUGAACAGCGGAGGAAUCCCCCACUGCUUCCCGCAGUUCGGCCCCGGGCCCAUCCAGCAGGUAAUUAGUCAAUGCCUGUAGAUAAAUACGUUGUAAAUACGAGCAUAUAUUCACGGGUUGUAAAUAAAUGGGAAAGAAGUCUCGUGUUCGAGCGGCUCUUCGACGGUUUUCUUCUUUUUCAAUCUUUUUUUUUCUCUAUUUAAUAUAUACAGCACGGGUUCGCGAGGAACCUGGACUGGUCCGUCGUGGGAGCUGAGAACGUGGAGGGCGAUCCUGCGGUGACGUUGGAGCUGAGGGACAACCCAUACAGCCGGGCGAUGUGGGACUUCAGCUUUCAGGCCCUGUACAAGGUGAAUUACUCUCUCUCUCUCUCUCGAUCGCGCACUUGUUUACAGUUCGUUCUUCCUUGCACAUCCGGUGCUCGCGGCCGAUUGAUGGAUCCCCUUUUCGACUCGAUUCUGUUGGGUCGGAAAUUUCUGCUCUCCGGAGAGGGCAAUAAAUUUACAUCAUAAUCGUUAUUUCUGCCGGCGAAAUCUGCGGCCGUUCAUCCCCAUCGCAGGAGAGAGAGAAAGAGAGAGAGAGAGAGAGAUUACUUGUUUCUGGAAAACCUGAGAUCACUUUGUCAAUAUCUCCUUUCAAGGAAUCGCUGGGUCCCCACAUUUUUAUUGUAAUUUUGUAUUUUUUUAAGGUUACCCUGAGCUCCAAGUCCCUGGUGACAGUGCUGACGAUUACGAACACAGACAGCAAGCCCUUCUCUUUCACUGGCGCCCUGCACACGUACUUCAGGGUGGGAUUCUACCGAUGCCCUGCUCGCCAUUGAUGGUGGAUUGGUUUGUGCCCAAAAUCUUUUAUUUCCUCCCAGUUCAUUCUAAGAACCAGGGUUUUGGCCUCUGUUCUUCGCCAUCUCCGAGCAGGCCUCCAUCGAAGGCGUGUCGGUGAGGGGUCUCAAGGGCUGCAGGACGCUGAACAAGGAUCCCGACCCGGUCAACCCCGUAGAGGGAGUGGAGGAGAGGUCGGCGCCGUCGAUUCCAUCCACAGUUUGUCCGUGCUGCGAUGUUCUUCCGCCGCAUGAAUGAAUGACUGAAUGACUGAAUGACUGAAUGAAUAUCCAGAAGUAAUCUGGGGGAACUGCGAUGAUCUGAUGUUGGGUGGGUGUUCAGGGAGGCGGUCGUCUUCCCCGGAUUCGUGGACUGCAUCUACCUCGACGCCCCCGGGGAGGUGGUUCUGGAGAACGGGCUGGGGAACGCUCUGAGCAUCCGGAACAGGAAGUACGUUUGGCUCCCUCUGCAUUUCGCCGUUGUCUUCUUGCCGCCGCUUUUCUCUUCCGAUCAAUGUGGAGCUUCUCUUCCCUUCCCGUCCCUUCCCUUUGCCUUCUUUCUCCCUGCCCCGCAGCUGGUCGGACGCCGUCCUCUGGAACCCGCACCGGCAGAUGGAGAGCUGCUACCGGAACUUCGUCUGCGUCGAGAAUGCCAAGGUAAUAAUAAUAAUAACCGGGGGAUCUCUCUCUCUCUCUCUCUCUCUCUCUCUCUCUGUCCCUCACGCUGGAUUUCGCUCCUCAGAAGAGCGGCUCUGAGCUCGAUUUCGAUUCCUUGCGACCUGUUCAUCAGAUCGGAAAUGUCGAGCUGGAGCCGGAGCAGUCGUGGAGCGCCGAGCAGGUCAUCGCCGUGCUGGAGAAGCAGAAAUAG